AUGGCCGCUGCCGUAGUGCAAGACUGGGUGUCCUUCAUAAAACCUUUGCUAGCGGCAUCGUAUACGUCGUUUAAGAUCAGCGAUGUACCGCAACUUGCGCAGUCGAUCUUAAAGAGUAAAGAAGAAUUGUUGGACCAUGAAGACCAAUAUGAGUGUUUUUACUCUUCAUUUGUUGCUUUGUGUUCACAUUUUAUCAGUACACAUGCAACCGACAUUCCUAAAUCCAGCAUCAGUACCGUAAUGUCAGCGUGUAAAGUCUUGAUGGAGUUCUGUCUGAAAAGAUUAUUGAAAUAUGAUGAAUACUGCGCUGUAUCACAGAAACAACUGAUGUUCUUGAUAGAAGGUAUGUGUAAAGCAAAUGGACUGUUACAGAAAACAGACAUCGUAACAUUUACUGCUAUGAUGAAGUCAUCCAAGAUGCCGAUGUCAUCCAAGGCAGCUACUCAAGAGAAGCCUGCAGUGAAGCAUGUGGAAGCUCCUACUGGCUUUCCUGGGGAUUUCUUUCAGCAGUUGACAUCAGCGUUUACAGAAGUCAGUCCUAGUUAUGACAAUUUAGUAUCCACAAAGAAGAGAUCAACUUAUGAGGAACUAUCAUUGAAAAGUUUCAUGCUUGACAGUGGUACGUUUGACUCCAGCAUAGACAUUAAGACGUAUUUUGCAGCCCGAAACAUUGAUAAUUUACACGAGUUAGGGGGUGCUGAUGCGUUGCUGGAAAUCUGUCUCAAUCUACCAUAUUUACUGAGAUAUGUCAGCAGAUACAAAGAAGCCCUGUCUGGCAAUUAUUUUAUUAUGCCGAACAAUGUGACUGAUGCAAUAGCUGCAAGGAACAGUUUUCAGUCACUAAUGAAUGACAUUACAAUUGUAUCCCACGCCUUCUCAUUACCGAUUUUGGAACCAUUGACUUUGCCUCGUCUGAAUGACUUGGUUACCAUAGCAAUGAGUUGUUUGUAUGCUGGUGUUACUGUAGCAACUUGUAGCACCAUAUUGAACAUAGCCGUCAGUGUUGGGAUGCGGGGCGUAUCCACCUCCAAGGAUGAGGAGAUGGAAGGAUAUGCGGUGUCCAUCGUACAGAAAAGUCUGGCCGUGUUUAAUACUGUUGCUGGUACCAUACAAAAUUCUACAAGAACAGGUGGACAGAAUGUACAGAAUUUUAACAUGUUAGGUGUAUGGUGUAUUCUGACUGGUCUACAAGGUAUACUCAGUCUCAAUGCUAGCAAUAUUAUGGAUAAAUCAAUGCCCACCAAAGAUAAAGAUAGUAGUUUACCCAAAAGUAAAGAUGUCAGUGCUUCUAAGAGUAAAGAACAUGCUCAGACAAGACCAAGUUCUGCAAAAGGAUUACAAGGGUUUGGAGUACUCACUGUGGCUCUCUCGGACCAUGCAGUGAGACUAUUAACCAUAUUGCUAGAGGAUUUACACAUAGAAGGAUUAUCUAAGACCACUACAAGCAUUGAUGUAAGUCCUGCUGAAUUGAAUGUAUUACCCAACUACACAGCAUGGCAGAGAGUGCAGAGAAUUAUAGACAGUGUUCAACUUACCAAUCUACUGCUCUGUCUUGUUACUGUGUCCUAUAAAAAGGCAUGUACGAUGAAAAGACAGAGAAAAACCGUGCAGUCGGAGAGUGGCAGUGAAUCUGAUUCUAAUACUUAUUAUGAAGACGACUUCAGCAGCUCACAGGAAUCAUCAGAUGAUGAAGAUAGUGAACCCAUCCUUGGACAUUGGUUUGAAGAGACGUUAUCACCAGAAUCUGAUACAUCCACCACACCUCCUCCACCCCCUCGUCCCCCACCUGCUGAUGAUAUAGUCGGGGAUAAGAAUGGUUUGAAUCGAUCCUGCCAUGCUGAUGAUGUUAGAAUAGUUCCUGAUAAAAAGGAACCUGAUGGAUUUAUAAACUUGGCUUGUGAUAUCUUGCGCUUCUUGACUGUACACUUACUGAACUCAAACAAUCAACUCGUGAGAAGUUAUCUGAGGAAAUCAUUUAGUGAGCAACACAUGACUGGAUUAGCUACUGUGCUUAAAGACCUUGAUAAAGAGACAUCAAAACAUGAUUAUGUGAAACUAUAUGAUGAUUUCUCCAUGGCGUUGUCUCAUUUCAACCACAGUCUCUUGGCAUCCGGUUCACUUACGGAUGAUUUACAGGAUUCUUUGCUAAAUAACCUGGGGGUUAGCCCAGUGGGAGAUGGGCCCUGGCCACUGAAUAUUUACCCAAGAUGCCUUGCUGUUCUGGCACAUGUUCUGUUGUUGAGACAGAAGAGAGACAUGACCAAGAGGUUGGACACUAGGGCGUGUAUCUGGAUAUGGGAAAGGUUUAUUAACACUGUCAAACAGAAGUCACUGGAGAAGGUCCAACUAGUGGACUUUGAUGAUAUUAAUGUGGAGCACAUGCAGUUACUGCUGUUUAUUUUCCAGAAUUUUACAGCCAAGACAAAGAGAAAUAUAAUGCUGAGAUUGGCACAUGCAUUGAUGGAGAUAUCAGAUAUGAGUGACCUUACCCUUGAACCACCCUUGGCUUUGAGUCGUCUUGUCAUGGUGUUUGAUUAUUUCUUACAUCACUACUCAGUACCACCAACAACGUUAUUUGAACAGGUACAAAUGAAUGUGUUUACACUACACUCAGUAAGUCCAUCAAUGGUGACACAACAAGACAAUGGUGGCAGUACGCUAUCUAAACAAUACCAUGCUUGUAAAGAAGUUGAAGACAAUUAUAAACAAAAUGAAUCCAGUGAUAAUCAAGGUUUGCAGUUGAAGCCAAGAUUUUACAAUGUGUCUCCAGCUGAAAUUAACAACACAUCAGCACCUAAGAUUGACAAAGAGAUUUGUAAUAUUCUUUUUGACAAGGUCUUUGACUACUAUGAGUUUUAUUCUGCUGUAAUUAAUCUACUGUCAGCAGGGUCUCAUUGUGAUGUCAAAGCUAGACAGGAAAGUAAAACUCUUCCAUUUUUGGAUGUAUGUUCCAUUCAGUACAACUUUAUUAUGUGCUGGCGUCUCUUAUCUGAUCUUCCGCCUUCUGUGGCGUACAUGAAGUUAUUAGAAAGUCAGACUGGAGUCAGUGAAAGGUCGUUGACUCAUAGUGAGAUUCUACACACCAUAAGAUGGGUACCAAGACUUGGCAAUAACACAUACUCAUCUUGGAUAAAGUUGUCUGAGUUUCCAUUCUCGGUGGAAAGUGGAGAAAUUCUACCACUGGCGCAGCUGUCUAGCUUACAUCAUAUCUACAUGUUAGACUCUGUGAUUGGCAAGGUACAAGUGGCACUUGAUGAUUGCUUCUCAAAAUCCAUGAGUGACACUAACCCUCAUAAGGCAAUGGAUCUUGCCAAGGACCUUUUACCAGCUGUUGCAACACUUAUUGAAAUUUACACAGUGUUCUGUAGGUCAUCGCUACUACAAGAAGUGGUGAAACACAGUGACUUGAAAGACGAGCAAUGCACACCAGCAGCUCUAUCAGCAUAUGGUGCAGUAUUGAGACUAGGUACUGGUCGAGCAUCUAAGAUAUCCAUAUUUGGAAUGUCUAUUAUGGCAGGUUUACCCGCACCAAUUAGAAGCGCUGUCGAAAAAUGGAGUAAUACUUCAGUGAAUGAAUUCCCGGCUGUAGGUGCCUGGCGUAAUUCCUUCGCUAAUGAUCCAAUCCCGUCUGAAAGCUAUGUUGGUGCCAUUCAAGCUGCACAUUUGGGUACGCUAUCUG